UUAGUUCUGUGCAUAAAACAAUAAGCAACGUUGACAUUUGCACAAAUGAGUGCCAGUGGCAGUUGCUCGUUUUAGGUUAUGUUCAUGUUAUUGUUUAUGUUUUUACCAAGUCUAAAAUCUGAAACUCAACUUGAUAUCCAUGGAUCUUAAUUCCCAAUGUGGGUUCAUUUCUACAAAAUACAAAGAAAGUCAAUAAUUUUUUGACUGAUUAUAAAAACUCACUUAUGAAUUAUCAGUAUUAGUGUAGUGGUACCCUCAAAAUGAAUAUGAGUAAAUGUAUUUUAGUUUUUGUACCAAAUACUUUAGAGUACCACAAAAAUGGGUUUUUAAAGGGAGACUAUAAAGAAUUUGAUGAUGCAGUAGCUUAUUAUAUUACAAGUGAUACAACAGAGAAAACUUCUAAUAACUCCAUAGGAACCAUGGGAACUAAGAUAAAAUUUCCAGAGGAGGGAAAUUCAAAAAUAUUUAUUGAUGGUAAUGGAAAUAUGACUUUCAGUAAGGCAGUUGAGAAAAAUUACUCUAUCGCCAAAAUCACUUAUGACUAUGAAGCCUUUAAGAAACAUGAUAUAGUCGAUGAUAGUAAUGUUUAUGGGAAACAUUUAAAGUUUAUUUCAGAUGAAAUAUAUAAGAGUAGACCUUGGCUUAGUGAUAACGGAAAAAGAAGCAUCGGAAAUACUGUAUUAUCAUUUGUUCUCUGCAUAUUAAUUUUACUGAUGAAGCUCACCACCAAACUGAAAAUAAUUCUUUCUUAUUCUUCAACUUUCUCACAUUUUGAAGACAGUGUUAUAACAUCAAAGUGGUUUAUUGAAACCAUGUUAUGUGAGAAACGAUUCACCCCUAAACUUGGGAAUAUUUUUGUAGCAAAAAUUAUUGAUUUGGUAAUUGGUAUAGUUUUGUUGAAUUGGUUGUUAAAGAAUGAAGAUGGAAUAUCAAUGUAUGUUCAGAACUCUACAGAAGAUCUCAUAUCAAAUCUUAAAGGUCUGCUGCUGUACUUAAUGGGAUCUCCGAUAGGUUUGAAAUUAAAUUAUGCCUUCAAUAAAUCAUUGGGGCAGUUUUUCUUCUACCAUAUAUCAUUAUGGAGAAUUUUUCUACUUGGGUUGCAGCCUCUUUUUGUUGCCUACUUCCGCUUACUUGUAUUGCCGGGAGCAUUAGGAUUAUCGUUUCAGAUUUCCAUGAUUUCAGACCUGAUAUCCAUAACGACUUUCCAUGUCUACUGCAUAUACGUAUAUGCGACCAGGUAAAUCAAUAUCACUUCAACAAAUAAUAGGUUG